UAGUUCAUUGUAUUUUCUUUCUUCUUCUUCUUCUUCUUCUCAUUUCUCUAAUAAAGGUCAAAGGUUUCAUGACUCCUGCAAGUCUUCUUCUUCUUCUCAUUUGUCUAAUAAAGUUCCUCUCUUCACUUCUGCUCUGACCUCAAUGGCUGACGGAGAAAACACAAAGCAAGACGAGGUUGAGUUACCGCCCAUUGUAACCACACAACCUUUUCCAACGAAUGUGCCGCCACCCCAAUACCCGCAAUGGUCGGGGCAACAGGCCGCGCCUUGGCAACAAAGUCAGCAACCCCAGUGGCCACAGCAGCAGCAGUGGCCCCCAAAUCAACCCCCGGGCUAUCCAUCACACCCGAUGGGGCCCGUCAACAACAGCAACAUGAGCACCAACAACACCAUCAUCAUCACCAAUCAGCCAGGUGCGCAAGCGGGGCCUCCAGCCCUUAGAGAUUGGAGCAGCGGCCUUUGCGACUGCUGCAGCGACAUGGAAACAUGCUGUCUUGCUUGGUGUUGCCCCGCGUGUCUCCAGUUUAAAGUUGCCCAAGACAUUGGAGAAGACUGCUGUAACGCGUGCUGUUUUGCCUGCUUCUCCUCAGCCUCGCUGUUUGGGCUGAGGGUUUACGUGAGGUCUAAGGCCAAUAUACAGGGUUCUCUGUGCGAUGACUUUAACAAGGCUGGUGUCUGCAGCGCUAUCUACUGCUGUGUUUUGGCACAAAUAGCGCGGGAGGUCAAACAUGUCAAGAAGACCAGAGGCUACUUGUAAAACUUCAACUUUUUGAUUAUCUUGUAACAUCAUCAUCUCAUAAAUAACACGCAAAACUAUCUAUCUCUCUGUAUCCCUCCCUCUCUCUUUCUCUUUAUCUCUCUCUUUCUUUUUCUAUAUAAAUGUAGAGUGUUAAGUGUAUUCAGGGGCUAAUGUUGUAUUUUACAGUUAUUUCUUUGAAUUAAAAAUGAUUUCUCCAGAC